AUGCCAAAUCAUUUGAUUACUUUAUUUCUCAUUCCAUUAUUAUUCACGUUAAUUUACGCAGAAUACAGAACACUUAACGGUACAAAUAAUAAUUUGAAAAACCCAUCGUUAGGUGUCAUAUCAUCACCAUUAUCUCGAUCAAACCCACCAAUUUCUUUCUAUACAAACAUUAAUAAUGACAAUGCGGUGUCCAUGAUCCCAACACCAGGAAAUUAUUCUUCAAGGGUACCGAAGGCAUUUGCAAAUUGCACAGCUGCUUUACCCAAGAAUGUAUUUCCAUUACCUAGGUGUGCAAGCAAUAAGAUUGGAUCCAUACAAGCAAAUAUGGAUGAUGUUUACAAUUUAGAUCUCUUGGACAAGUACAAAUCAAAACGUAAAAUUUCUCACAUUUUUACUUAUUGGGGAUUCUUUACGAAAAUGGAUAUAUCUUCUGGAGAUUAUUCUGGAGUAAAUUACCCAACCGGAAUUUAUAUCCCUCAAGAUGAUCAAACAUACUUGUCACAAAAUCCUCAAAAUGCAAGUCUCGUGAUGUAUCUGCCAGCAAUGCAAUUUAAUCGAUCAUCUCCGACAGCAGGUUCGGUGGGAAAAAAUGCAGGCACCCCAUUUUUAGACGGAUCACAACUAUAUGGUCAUGAUCUUGAGAAAUUAUCCCGUGUACGUGAUUAUUGGAAUCAUGGAAAGAUGUUGUUAUAUUAUAGUAAUCAUUCAGAAGACUCACAGUUUGGAUAUCCACCAACAGAUGAAAAUGGUGAAUAUAUUUUUGGAUACACGGCUAUCAAAGGAAGGAAUGUAUUUACCGAUAUGUUUCACACGGUAUUCUUAAGAGAACAUAAUAGGAGGUGUGAUUUAUUAUGGAACAUACAUGGAGAUGAUUGGGACGAUGAAAUAUAUUUCCAAGAAUGUAGAAAAUGGGUUAUCGCUUUAUUGCAACGUGUUACUUUUUAUGAAUAUCUCGGCAUUGCUUUAGGAUCACCUCUACCACCAUAUGAAGGAUAUAAUCCAAGUUUAGUACCUAGUAUAGAUACAUUUUUUUCAACCGUUACGUAUAGAUAUGGUCAUUCCGAAGUCAGUGAUUAUCAUAGUAUUGUUGAUAAUAACGGACAAGUGUUGGCCACAUUAUCAUUAAAUUCACUACAGAGACCUCGCUUGCUAGAAACCUAUGGCGUGCCUUCCAUAGCUCUUUCAUUAGCUCUUCAAAGACAAGAAGAAACCGAUAUAUUUUUUUCGGAUCUGAUGAGAAACUUUACGUCACAUCAUCAAAAUAUUACAGAAUAUAUGGAUAUCUUUAGUAUUGAUGUAAUAAGGAACAGAGAUCAUGUAAUACCAUUAUAUAAUGAUGCCAGAGAAGCAAUGGGAUUAAAAAGAGCCACUAAAUGGUCAGACAUAACAAACGAUACUGUCGUACAAAGUAGAUUGAUUGAAACUUAUUCAAAUGAUAUUGAUAAAGUUGAAGCAUAUCUUGGUGGACUUGCUGAGGAUCAUUGGAUGUUGACAAGAGAUUCAGACAGACUUUGGUUUGAAGAAGCUGAUGCUGAACUUAGCUAUCAAGAACUUUUUGAGAUAAAUCAUACAACUCUAUCACAAAUAAUAGCGAGGAAUUCACCGGAAACAUAUAAAUUACCGGCAAAUAUAUGGAUAACACAACCAUCAACAUCAUUAAAAUCCGUAACGCCGGAAUAUACACCAGACUAUAUACCAAACAAUGAUAAAGACAACGUUCUUCAAAAUGAUCUUUUCUAUUCUUCAUCAAAUCAUUUAACAUUUUCAGAUGAUUAUGAGAUGUUUUGGGAAAUAAUUGGUCUUAAUAUUCAUCUCAAGUUAAUUUCGGCUAGUACGGUUGGAUGGUUCGCCAUUGGUUUCAGUGACCCCAACGAUAGAAGCAUGAUCACUUCCGACAUGAUCAUUUGUCGGAACAUUAACGAAUCUUAUCUUGAAGUAAAACAAUAUAAAGCAAAUGCUUAUUUCACUCCUCAAUUAGUUGAUGAUCAGAAUCAAUUAAUUCAAAGGACAAAUCAGAGGAUUAGUAGUGGUCUUUAUACUCAUGUUGAAAUUGUUAGGCCAUUAAACGUCAAAGGAAGUGACAUGAAACCUAUUACCGCCGAUAGGAAUUUAUCUCUGAUCUAUGCGUGGAAUCCAAAUAGUAACGUUCUAACGUAUCAUGCAGGAAAUAGGGGAGUAAUACCGAACUUGAACUUCUUUUCAGAUGCAACAUUUAUAAAUAAAAGAAGACAAAAUUUAUUAUCUCAUGGAAUUGGAAUGUUCCUAGUAUGGGGAAAUUUACAAUUGUUUGGAACGGUGAUCGUUGCCAUAUUUGGCGGCAUAGCCUUGGCCAUAAUGGAAACACGAUUCAUAAAAGGUGCUCACGGAAUAAUCGGAAUAACAAUAUUUUGUAUAAUGGGUGUACAGAUUGGAAUAGGGAUGUUCAAUAUCUGGAAUCUUGUAAACGUUGAAUCAGUUAAUAUGGGGAUUAUCAAAUUAUUCAAAAUUAUUCAUUUGUUUUUGGGAAUUGCAUUAAUCAUUCUCGCAUGGGUGAAUAUGUAUAUUGGAAUAAAAGAUUAUAACAACGAAAAUUUUUGGAGUAAUAAUCGUUGGAUUACUAUUUAUUUAAUUUGGAUAGGACUAAUAGUGGCUACAUUCUUUAUAAGCGAAAAUAUAUUUAGAAUGAGAAAUAUGAAAUUUUUGUAUACUAUGGUUAACGAGGAUACACGUGUCACCGAAUUCCGAUUACAACAUUACAUUAGAGAUUAUGAUCAAUUACCAACAAUGACAUUGGAUGAAUUUAAUCAAAGAGUAAUUCGUGGAAUGAAGUUGGUCAUAGUGGAAGGUAUGAUAUUUGACAUAAGUAAAUGGAUGAAAUAUCAUCCUGGAGGGGUAAAGAUCUUACAAAGAGUGAUUGGAACUGAUAUCACAAAGGACUUCUUUUAUAUCACUCGUAAAUACGAAGACAGUCAAUCAAGUAGUAAUGAUGAUAAAGAAGAAUUUCUCACAUUUAAUGAAAAGGAUCAACAGUUUAGCAAUAUUUUUAAAAGGAAUAAUAUGAAUAGAAGGGAUAAGAAUGAGACAUUUGCAAACUUUAUUGAUAUUAUCAAUGUAAAUAAAUUUUUUGGAAAAAAGUUAAGUAGAGUUGCCGUUCAUAGUCAUUCACUGUACGCGACGACCAAAUUGGCCACCAUGGUUGUUGCUAAGUUAAUCACCAAAAAAGAGGAAAUCGCUGCAAUGACAAAUCAUGAUAUUUACAAAUAUGGAUCACCAAUAGUUAAAAAAUUUACAUUAAAGCCGAUUCGGAAACAUGAUAAUUUUCCUGUUAGAAAAUUCAUUCCCGGAGAUUAUAUUGAAAUCAUGUGUUACAUCGAUAAUCAAAUGAUCAUUAGAAAAUAUACGCCUUUAUUGCAAGAAUUUUCCGAAGAAUAUGACGAGGAUGUUGAUAGAAAUAAUUAUAAUUUGGAUAGAAGGUUUUGGAUAUUAGUGAAAAUUUACAAGGAUGGAUUCAUGUCUAAAUAUAUGGACAGACAAUUAAAUAAUUUCGAAAUAUCGGUUAGAGGGCCGUUUAACGUCUCUGAAAGCAUUUUCAAAAACAUUCCAAUGCCAAUUGGUCAACCCAUACCUAAUAUUUUGUUAAAUCCAAAUCAAAUAAAUGGUUGCUGGAGUAAUCUAUUCAUGAUUUGUGGUGGUUCUGGUAUAACUCCAAUGUUACAAUUGGAAUAUCAGAGUUCAUUAAAACAAAGUUACGCGCCACCAAAUACUUACAAGUUACACUUAUUAUUUGCAAAUAAUACGGCUGCAGAUAUUAUUUAUCCAAAACAUUUAGAUAGUUUAGUUAGAAAAUUUAAAGGAAAUCUUACUAUUGAUUAUAUACUUUCUAAUCCGCCAGAUAAUUGGGAUUGUCUUAAAGGAUACAUUGAUGAUGUUAUUUUGUUUGAUUGGUUAUCCUUCAAAAUUAAUAUCGGUUCUCACCUUUCUAUCGACAUUGAUCCUAACCUUGGUCAACAAAGUCAAGUAGAAUAUACUAGUGGCGUGAUACCUAAUCAAACAGUUUAUUAUCCUCGACCACAGGAUCCAUUAAUCGAGUCUUCUGUUUCACAUUCUACAGUUCUUCAUCCUCCCAAUAUUGCUAUCAAUUAUUUUCCUGAUGAAUCUAAAAUUAUUGUUUGUGGUAAUAAGGGUUUUAUGAUUUCUAUUCAAGAUAUUUGUAAUAGGAUUGGUAUUAAGGAAGGAAAUACUUUAUUUUUAGUAUAA